AUGCCAAAGGAUGAUCUUUUGCAAUCUAAUUCCUUUGUAAGAAUUCAAAGUUUGAAUAGCGCAGGGAAGAGAAGGAAAUCUAUUACUUACAGCGAAGAUCAAUUCGAUGAAUUGGCCAAUGCAGGUAGACUAUACUCAAAUCAAGCAGAUGAUUCUGGAGACGCGGACUUCUCAAUAAGCAAGCUGGCAAAGCAAGGCUUGAUAGAUGAAGAGGAUGAAAGUAGAGAGGAAAACGAUGAGGAAUCAUUAUCGGAAGUUAAUUCCUCUGCUGGUAACACAGGUACUGUUAUCCUUGAUUCGACUAAAAAUAGUCCAUCACCACCUUUGGAGAUUGGUGUGAGAUCUAGCACCCCUGGAAGUAAAGUAAUCAUCACUGAUGAUGAUGCAAGUUCAAAUUAUUUCGAAGUAGAUGGUGAUCAUAAACCGGAUAGUAACAGGAUCCAUUCUGUGGUUAAGAGAUUGACAAGAAAGGAAAAACUAAGAUAUAACACCAAAUACAACAAAUACAUGUCUCAUUUCAGUGAUGUUACUUUUGAAUAUAGACCUUCUAUUUUAGAUGGUAAUAUUAGUCUACCAUUUCAAGAAAAAUUUAAGGGUCCUACUCUAGAGGCACAAGUCAGAGAAUAUGAAUUGAAGAGAAGAUCCAAACUACAUGAAAAGAAUUUUUCAUAUGAUGACAAUGCAGAUGAAGUAGUUGUUUUGAAUUCUGACUUCACAGGCCUUUACGUUUUGUUUUGGAUGUAUAUGGCUUUCAGUUCAAUGAAAUUAUUCGUCGAAUAUUAUAGAGAGCAUAAUGGUAAUUUGAAAGAAUCUGAAAUCUACAACACAAUGUCAACAAAUUUAAUAUUGGUAGCAGUACUCGAUUUGGUCAUGUAUUUGGAAACUUAUUUUGUAUUUUUCAUUCAUUGGUCUUGCAAAAAGAAGAUUUUAAAAUGGAAAAAUGUUGGUAUGAUUAUUACAUCGAUUUAUGAAUUUUCCUUUGUUAUAUUUAAUAUGUAUUUGACUGAAAAUAUUUUGAAGUUACAUUGGAUUGCCAAAAUCUUUUUAUUUUUACAUUCGUUAGUAUUAUUAAUGAAAAUGCAUUCAUAUGCCUUUUAUAAUGGUUAUAUGUGGGAAAUUUUACAUGAACUAAACUUCUCAACAGCUGUAUUAAAUAGAUUAAAAGAUCAAUCUAUCCCAUCUUCGAAGGAAAAAACAGAUGAAGGUGUUAUCAAAGCUUUUGAAAAAAGUCAACAAUUUUGUUCCUUUGAACUUCAAGCUCAAUCCGUAUCUAAUACAAAUAUUAAAUUUCCAUUAAAUAUUAAUUUGCAUAAUUUCUUUAUGUAUUCGAUGUUCCCAACAGUAGUUUAUCAAAUUGAAUAUCCUAGAACUUCCAAAAUUAGAGUGGGAUAUGUCAUUGAAAAAAUUUUCGCAAUAUUUGGUACUAUAUUUGUCAUGAUCGAAGUGGCUCAAAUUUUCAUGUAUCCAAUCGUUAUAAGGGCUCUUGCUUUAAGAGACACGGAAUGGACUGGCCUUUAUAAUCGUUUGACAGAAUGUUCUUCAUUAUUUGUAGAUAUUAUUCCAAGCUUUAUUGUCAUGUAUUUACUGGUGUUUUAUUUAAUCUGGGAUGCUAUUUUGAAUUGUAUUGCAGAAUUGACACGAUUCGGUGAUAGAUACUUUUAUGGUGAUUGGUGGAACUGUGUCUCUUGGGCAGAAUUUUCAAGAAUUUGGAAUGUACCAGUACAUAAAUUUCUAUUACGUCAUGUCUACCAUAGCUCUAUCAGUUUUUUAAGCCUAUCAAAGGGCCAAGCUACUUUUAUGACUUUCUUUAUCAGUGCAAUUGUCCAUGAAUUAACAAUGUAUGUUAUCUUCAAAAAAUUAAGGUGCUACUUAUUUUUCUUCCAAAUGUUACAAUUGCCGUUAGUUAUUAUUUGCAAUACAAAAUAUCUAAAGGAUAAAGCAGUCAUGGGUAACGUAAUAUUUUGGAUUGGGAUUUGUACUGGCCCAAGUAUCAUGUGCACCAUGUAUUUAACGCUUUAA